AUGGGCGCCGGGCUAGUCCACGCACUUCCCUCUCGACGGCCUCGACCGCAGACAGUGAAACCCAAGAGGGCCAGCAGGGUGACACACACCAAAUACUGGCCAAGCUUACAGAAAGUAAAUGACCUAGAGAUCCUGGCUGAGGACUUAGCGAACAGAUCCUGGCACAACAAGCUCCGGGUACGAUGCCUGGCUGAAAACCAAAACGAAGGAACUCUAAUAGCUAAGAUGGAGCACUACUUCAAAAACCUCCUGCCUGAUAUCCCGGAGGACAAGUGGGUAAUAGACAGAGCCACAGGACACUGCGCUCCCAAAGAGCUGGAGGCUCAGGUCGACCAAGGAAGCAAUACUAAAGUACAGCAGAGAGCACGAACCCAGCUACCAAGAUGCCACUAUAACGUUAUACCAGGACCUCUCACCGGUUACACUACAGUGACGACAAAAAUGGAAACCCAUGGCAGACCUCCUACGGAGACAUGA